AUGGCACGAAUGACAGACGAGUGCGCAGAGGAGCUCUUUGUCGACAAAGAGGGCAUCCCGCACUGGGACGGAGAGAACAUAGCUCUUCUACGAGAAUAUCGAAUGAGAGUGAUGAUAGAGCCCAGCACGCAGUCGAGCACCGGCAGGGAGAAGCGAGCGAACUUGGGCUUGCGCCUGACGCGAGGCAUCACAGGCCGAGCGUGGGAGGCGGUGGAGUCUCUCCUGGAUGACAUGACGGCGCUCACACAGGAAGGCUCGCACCAGAAGAUCAUCGAGGCUCUCUACGGUCUGGGCAAAGUGGCAGUGGUGCGCAUGCAGCAGAAGUUCGACGACUUCUUCAAGAAGUCACGCCGCAAGCGCGGCCAAGAGAUCGUGGAGUACUUGAGGACCUUCCACAACAAGUGCAAAGAGCUGACGGAGCUCGACGCCGGGACGAAGCUCAGCGACGACCUCUACGUGUACUGCCUCAUCGAGGGGGCGAUGCUGACGGACGACCAGAAGCGGUUGGUCACGAUGGUGGCAGACAACAAGUACGAGACGAAGGCUUUCGAUAACACGUUGAAGACGAACUGCCACGACCUCCACCUGCAGGAGAAGUCCCCUCGGCCGCCGCCGCCUCACCCAGCUGGGCGCCCGAAAGGCGGAGGCAAGGGCAGGGGCAAGUCCAAGAGGCAGCCGAGGGCCCAGGACGAGGCGAUCAACGCUGCGUGCGCCGCCUACGACACCGCCCGGGCCAAGGCGGAUAUCGCGAAGGACAAGCAGCGCGCGCACUGCGGGGCGUGCGGCAAGCUCGGCCACUGGGCCGGGGGCCCGGAGUGCCCCAUGGGUCCGAAGAAGCCGAAGCCGUCAGCGAAGCCGAAGAGCCGAGCAGACCCUCGCGGGCGGGCAGCGGCGCUCUCGCGCCCGGCCUGGAGCAGCUCAUCGGCCUCAGGCAGCAGCCCGCGCCCACCAAGCAGCACCAGCGCCAAGAAGCGGAGGGGUGCGACCCUCUUCGUGCUGGACGAUGUGGAGUAUGACUCUGCCUUCCUGGUCAGCUCGGACCGUGGCUCCGACCUCGGCUCCUUCGAGCUCGUGGGCAGCGUCGUCGGCGACAGCGCGAGUGUGGUCAGCGACAGCUUCAGCGCGGCCCCUCCGACGGUGAAGGACGACGAGGUGCUGCCGUGCCCGAAGUGCUCCAAGGCUCUGGUGGCUUGUCAGAACCAUCGGACAGGCGGCUGGUUCUUCGGAUGCAGGCAGUUCCCGGACUGCAAGGGCACGCUGAACUACAACGAGGGCGAGCAGCGGCUGCGCGAGGCGCGAUGCAUGCACGGCAAGCGCUGGCGGGAGUUGUUCGAGAAGAGGAAGGGGCGCGUGGUCGAGAUCCCGGUCGCCCUCGGCGGCCGCCACGGGGUGAUCUUCAGCGUGGGGAUGGGGGGCUGCGACACCCCGCUCCUGGUCAGCCUGGCGUCGCAGGAGGCUCUGGGUGCCGUGCUCCACCUGAAGGAGAUGCGGAUGGAGCUGCAGACGCUCGCGGCGGGCGUGGAGCUGCUCAAGGUGGGCUGUCACUUGGCAGUUCGGCUCGAUGAUUGGGGUGAUGAAGGUCACCGAUCGGCAGUGACUUCGAGUUCGGGGCCAGCGACGGCGGCCUCGGAUAACCGGGACUCGGAGUUCUUCUUCGCGCAGGCGCUGAAGGAGUCGGCCUUCGAGGAGUCCGACGGCGAGGAGAUCCAGGUCAAUGAGGAGGUUGGCCACGCCUUCCUGUCGAAGGAUCGCGGCGUGCUGGCCACCGAUGCGACAGGGGUCCUCUCCAAGGCGACUCGGAAGAGGCUCGAGUCCACCUGGCGGGAGCUUCGUGGACAGGAUCGACGCCUACGUGGAGAGCUACUUCGACCGAGGUUCGAGGCGGAGCGUUUCGUGACAGCCGACUUCCAGACGACGGUGGUGUUUGAGCCGUUCGGUGGCGAGCACAUCCUGACGCGCUACGGUGCGAAGGAGUGCGGUUGGAUGCAGUCUCAGCCGUCGGAUGUGGACCACUCCCCCGGCCACGACCUGCUCAAGGGCCCUGGGCGGGCCUUGCUCUACCGGAUCCUCGACCUGCACUGGCAUUACAUCACAGUGUUGGCUUUCCCCUGUCAUCCGUGGUCUCUGAUGACCAACGUGAACAAGCUCAUCGACUGGGACACGGGCACGCCGAUCAAGAAGCCGACGGGGUGGCUCACGAACAGCGCGGCGGUGGCGAACCACCUGAGCAAGCGCUGUGCAUGUCCGCCCGGCGCCCACCAGCAGUUGCUCGGGAAGGACUCGGGUGGCUACUGGGCGCAGCAGGCGGCGGCCUACCCCGUGGGCCUCGCGAAGGCCUUCUGUCGCGGCGUGUUCCAGCAUAUGCAGAUCGACUACCGCAGCUCGCUGGUCAUGGAUGCGGCCUUCCCGGUGGAGGAUGCUUUCCCCCGCGAGCGCUCGCGAUCGCGGAGACCGCCGCGGGGAGAGCCUGCGCCAGAGGAGGAACACCAGGAGGGCCCGCCUCUCGGAGAGGACGCGCCGCCUGCUGAGGCGGCGGCGGAGGCCCCAGAGGCGCCGGCCGAGGUGCCCGCUGGGCCCAGGCGCGGCCGAGCGCCUGCUCGCCGCGAGCGCGGUGUGCCUCCUGGCGGACGCCCGCCGGGCUUCCGCCGUGGACGGCGUACGCAGCACGGCGAGUUCGAGCUGUUGACGGUGGAGCUGCGUGCUGAGCUGGACGCGUUCAGGAGCUGGCACAGGAGGCUGCUGGAGAAGAUGGGCGAUGAUAUCGAGACGAUCAUCUGGGGCUCGGACCUCUUCCUGGAGGAGCUGGGAGGAGUAAUCAGCGAGCCGCUGAAGAUGGUGAAGGCUAGACGCGGAGGCCAGCGGCUCCAGACGGUGCAGCCGCAGCUGCGCGCCGCGGACGCCCCGCUCAGGAUGGUCACCGUGCUCAAGAGCGACCAGCUCUUCAGGCAAGGCUUCGAGGACUGGUCGCAGCAGUCCCUGCAGGCACGGCGGCGCUGGUUGCCGAGGCACUUACUCGAAAACGACGUCGUGGUCUUCUACUUCGCGGGCUACGAGCGUGGCGACCUGCCUGGGGGGCUGGCUGCUGCGCAGCAGCGGGGCGCCUCGCGGGAGAGGAAGCGACGCUGGGAGCUGCUGCCGAGGGCCGUCAAGAGGGCGAUCGAGAGGGCGCACGUGAAUCUCGGGCACCCCUCGCAGCCGGCGCUGCUCAGGGCGCUGCGCCUGGACAAGGCGACGGCGCUGGCGCUGAAGGCGGCGCGGCUCUUCGUCUGCGAGAGCUGCCGGCGAGUGCAGCGACCCAGCAUCCCGCGCCCGAGCCAGCUCCCGAGGGUCAACGAGUUUAACGUGCUGCUCGCGAUGGACUGCUUCGAGAACGUCGACAGCGCCGGCAACAACUGGGAGUUCCUGGGCAUCAUGUGCAUGGGGGCGAACUUCCACGUGGUCUGCCUGCUGGAGGGUACUCACAAUAAUCCCGAGGCCUCGGAGGUCAGGAAGUUUUACGAGCUCUGCUGGGUCUCCUGGGCUGGCCAGCCGGAGGAGGCGAUCAUGGUGGGCCGUGCGCGGUCCUUCCUAGGCGAGUUCGCGGACUACCUGGAGCAGGAGGGCGUGCGCCUGGGCUCGGCCGCUCUGGCUUCGCCGUGGCACAUCGGCAAGAUGGAGCGUCGCGACGGCAUCUGGAACUCGAUGCUCACGAGGGUGGUGCACGACAAGCAGGUGGCGGGCCUUGUGGAGAUGAGGACGGCAGUGACGGAGUGCAACAGGGCCAAGAACACGUUGGCCCGGCGGGCUGGUUUCAGCCCCUACCUCUGGGUCCUCGGCCGGGACGUUCGCCUCCCGGCGAGCCUCGCGGACGACGCCGAGGUGGAGCGCGUGGGCGAGCAGGUGGCAGCGGCUACGCCAGGCUCGCGCUUCGCCCGCAAGGUCGAGAUCAGGACCCAGUGCAGGAUGGCCUUCGCCCAGACAGACACGGAGGAUCGACUUCGACGAGCGGAGCUUCGACAACUACGACCGACGAGGGGGCCGUUCGUUGUGGGCCAGUGGGUGCUCUUCUACGACCAGGCGCAGCCGGUCAAGCAUCGGCCUGAGCAUCCAGACAACUGGCGAGAGCUGGCGCGUGUGAUCGGCCAUGAGGGCCGGCAUGGAGUGUGGCUCGCCUUCCGUGGCCUCACCGUGCUUGCGAGCCCGGAGCACCUGGAGCAGGAGCUGGCGCACGACACGCCCGUCAGCGGCGGCAGCGGCUUCGUGGACCUGCGAGGCUGGUCCAAGCCCCCCGCAGCGGCGGGGCAGGAGCCCGCCGAGCAGGGCGAUGAGAGCGGCCUGGACGUCGGGCCGCAGGCGGAGGUGCCGGAGGAGCAGCAGCCCGCUCCGGCUCCGCCCGAGCCGGAGGCUUCCCCGGCUCCGCCCGAGCCGGAGGCUCCACGCGCGGCGCCAGCCGCGCCUGGGCCGCCCGCGGCGCCAGCCCCAGCGGUGAGGGCUGAGGACGUGCCAGUGCCGCCCGACCUGGACUUCGACGCGGCGGAGUUCGAUGCAGCGAUGCAGGAGAUCAUGAGGGGCGAUGACGAGGGCUGCCGCCCAGACACCCACGGGGUGCACUCGGAGCCCGAGCCGAGAUCCAGCCCCCUGGCGCCCGUGGACUCGGCGGCGUUCGUGGUGGACAACGACCUGGGCGAGUUCUCGGAGGCAGGCUUGGAGACGUACCAGCAGGACGAGGUCUUCUUCGUCCAGGAGAGCAUCGGCAGGGAGGAGUUCAUCUUCGGGCUGAUGCGGAGCAGCGCCGGAUGUUCCUGGAUCGAGGUGGCAGCCGCGAAGCGGCAGGACUUCGACGCAGCCGAGCCGGUCCCGCCAGAUGAGAGCGAGGCGCUUCGCUCGAACAAGGCCAACAUCAUCAUCCCGAUGCGCUGGGUGGACACGGACAAGAUCGACGGGAAGUACGAUGGGGCCAGAGCCCCUCUGCCGCUGCUCGCGAAGAGCCGCCUGGUCGUGAUGGGCUUUCGCGACCGCUUGCUGGGCAUGUUCAGGCGGGGCGCUCCCGCUGCCUCGUGGCUGGCGGAGGCGCUGCUCCUGGCGCUGGCGGCGGCCAUGGGCGUGAUCCUCUCCCUGGGCGACGUCAAGAACGCCUAUUACAAUGGGCGGGACUUGCAGCGCGAGGCUUCGCGGGCAGCGAGGCUCUUCUGGCUAGCGCUGCGUGGUGCCUUGCUGGUCGACGGUUGGCUUCAGUCACGCCUGGAGCCGGCUCUCUUCUACAAGCGCGUGGACGGGCAGCUGAAGGGCAUCGCAGUCUCGCACGUUGAUGACGUGCUGAUGGCGAGGAUGAAGGACAUGCAGCUGUCGGACCUCCUGCCGAAGGACCUGGGCACGUUCCAGUGGAAGUGGGGCGAGCUGCCCUUCACCUUCCGCGGCCGGGAGCUCUCGAGUGAUCCGAGAGGUUUUGUGGCUAAGAUGGUGAACUGCGCGACUUCCCUCAAGCCGAUCAAGAUCCCAGCAGCCCGGAGGAAGCAGUUGCAAGAGGACCUGAACGAGGACGAGGCGAAGGAGUUGCUGCGGGUCUCCGGCGAGAUCGGCUGGCUAGGUCGACAGUGCCGACUCGACCUGGCCUUCCUCUCGGGCGAGCUGCAGAGGGCCCGAGCGGCCCCGUGUGUGGCGGACCUGGUGAAGGCGAACCUGGCGGUGUCCGAGGCCAAGAAGGGCGCCGAGGUCGCGUUGGUCUAUCCGGCCAACCUGGGGCUGUCCAACGCGGGGGUCGGCGCGGCCGUGGACGCGGGCCACGCGAUCGGCCCAGAGCACGACGACAUCGAGCGCUACAAGAGCUGCGGCGGCCACGUGGUGCUCCUCACGACCGGCGGCAUCCUGGCCGGACAUCAAGCACCAGUGGCGGUGCUGGACUGGAAGAGUGGUAUGACUCAGCGAGUGCGCCGCUCGACCUUGGCGGCAGAGGCGAUGAAUGUCUCGGUGGACUUGCUCAAUUGGCAGGGGGAGGUGCAGCGGUUUCCCCGCUUCUGGGCGACGGGCGCGAAGUCCGUCUACGACCACCUCACGAAGGAGGGCCCGACGAAGAGCAAGGACAAGAGGAUGGCGAUCGAGGGCGCCUUGCUCAGGGAGGUGUUGCGCUGCGAGCACACCCACCUCAGGUGGAUCGACGGCUCGCAGAAUAUCGCUGACGUGCUGACGAAGCUAGGGGUGGACAAGGUCUACCUGUACAAGGUACUGCGAGAGGCCAAGUGGAGCCUAGUGCAGGACCCGGCGGCGGCGGCGCUCAAGAUGAGGAAGAGUAUGCAGAGGGCUAGCCGCAAGACCGCCAUUGAUUCGAGGAAGACGGAGAAGAGGCAGAAGGACAAACUCGUGAGAGUUAGUGAGAUGCGGGACAUCGCCGAUUGA